AAAAAAACAAUUUUACUCUCUUUUAUCACAAGAUGUGCUGAUUUAAUAUUAUUUAGCUAUCAAACCUCAGUCAUUUCUAUUAAAAAUAAUGUUCAAAAUAUAAUGUGACGAUGGAUUCACCAGAUAGUAGUGAAGAUUUCGCUGGACGCUUGCUCCAUCAAGCCGCCUUGUGGGACAAUGUUGAAUUGUUGUUGGACUUGCUGCAAGAUUACCAUGAUAUCAAUUGUAUAGACUCGUGGGGACGAACACCUAUUCAUGCCGCUGCCGUAUCGAGUAACUCAAAAUGUAUUCAAGUUCUCAUCAAUGCCGGAGCUGACAUCAAUCUGCAAUGUGGAAUUAGAGGAGAAAAUAAGACUGCAUUGCAUCUUUCUGCAGAGUUAGGAUAUCAUACGAAUGUGAAAACUUUGCUUGAUGCACAAGCUUCAUUCAUCAUUCGUGACGUUAAUGGAUUAACAGCACAAGAUUUAGCAGCACGCAAUGGACAUGAAGACUGUGUAAAAUUGCUAAAAAAGGCAAUUGAUUCUCGUGAACAAAUUCGCUUGAUGAAGCACAAUGAGCUUCGUGAGGCUGUACAUGGAAAUGAGGAAACGACAGUGAGAGUAUUACUGGAUGCGAUUGCUGUGGAACAGGAGAUUAUUGUAAAUAUGGCACCAUCUGGACAGAACACAUUGUUAUUUUUGGCAGCAUCACUUGGAAAUGAAAAAAUUUUAGAAUUUCUUCUUGUAGCCGGUGCUGAUGGACGAGCACACACAGUUACAAGUUACUCACCAUUGUAUAUUGCAUGUUAUAAUGGACAUUUGAAUGUGGCGAAAAUUUUGUUGAGGAAAUUUCCAGAACUUGUACAGCAAGUGACUGUUGAGAAAUGGUUGCCGUUCCAUGCAGCUGUUAUUAACGGGCAUAUGGCAAUUGUUGAAAUGUUGAUUAAAUUUGAUUAUCCGGAAGAAUAUUUGAUGUCAUUUCAUGACCCAAGCGGUGAAUAUCAAUGGAAAUUGCCAUUUGACCCGAAUUCUCAAGACGUGACGUCACAAAGUGCUCUGUACGUAUCAUGUCUACUCGGUAAUAAAUCAUUGGUAGAAUUAUUGUUGAAGUGGAAAGUCAAAUGUAUAAAAGUGAAACAUGAUCUCGACGAUUCACCGCAAAAGGUUGUCUCCCCUCAGCAACAAUCCCAAAACAUUUUGUCGCCCCUAAGUCCAACUGGAAGGAGAGUUUCACUUGGCAUCAUGUCAAUUAUGUCACGAUUAAGUCUCAGUCGCGAACAGCAAAAUGAAGACAGCUCAAAUGAGUUUUUACGUAACCCAUUAGAACUUAAUUUAUUAUGUGGCGCUGCACGUGAAACUGCCCUUCUUGCAGCCGUUCGCGGUGGUUUUAUUGAAGUUGCUCAUCUUUUAUUGACAAAUAAUGCCGAUGCUAAUAUAUCCGCACGUCCAUUAGAAGAUCCACAAAAUGAUCCACGAAUGACUGAUGAAAUUUAUGGGUUUUGUAAUACGCCGCUAGCAGAAGCAACAAAACAAAAAUCGAUAGCUAUGGUUGAUUUAUUGUUAAAGUUCAAUGCCAAAGAUGACUCAUCGACUGCUUUAGCUAUCGCAAUAAUCAAUUCCGAUGAACAAAUUAUAUCAAGAUUAUUAGCAAUUAAGGCUCAUCCUGAUCCAGACUUUAAGAUCAAUAAGAAAGCUAUUUCAUCGCCAGAAACAGAAUUUCGUCCAAUUUUAGGGAAUUUAACGUUUAGUAGCUUGUUCCCAAACACACCAACAAUGAUCAAUUGGCACAGUAACAACUUCCGAUUGAACAUUAUCAAAGCAAAUUGGCUUGUAGAAGCAGCACUUCAUUGCAACUCAAAAUUAAAAGGACAUCCAAAAGCACACCAAGUGUCUCUAACUGCAUUGACGCGAAUAGAUGUUUCGCAUAAUAAUUUAAAGGAAAUUCCAAUGGAAUUUUUUACGCUUAUCAGCUUAAGAUAUCUUAAUCUUAGUCAAAAUAAUCUUGAAUGCAUUCCAGUCGAAGACGUUUUGACGCCAGUAAAGUCAAAGAGAGAGAAAAAAUAUGAAUAUAAUGUACCUGUCCUAGAAGAAUUAUACUUGCAAGAUAACCGUUUAGAAAUGAUUCCAGCUGCUAUUUUUCGUAUACCUAGUUUGCUCAUUUUAGAUGUUUCAAAUAACAAAUUACAAGAAUUGCCAUUCGAAGUAUGGAGAUCACCGAAACUUCGUGAACUUAAUGUUGCCUUUAAUUUGUUAAAGGAUUUGCCAAGUUUGCCACCAGAAGAACUAUCAUGUUGCUCAAAUGACGCACUUAGUCCAGUAGCUGAUGCAUAUUUAUUCAACAAUUUAUCAGGAUUUGAUGAUCGAGGAGUUCACACUAGAAAUACAGUCUCGAAGAUUGAAAUAAUGAGACAUAAUGUGUGGACAAGGUCACUUGAAGUUACUGACCAAGAACUAAGGCUUGUUGAUGCAAAAAACGACCAGUCAGUCUCACAAUUAAGCAGCUUAAAUCUUGCAAAUAAUUUAUUUACAAGCAUACCUCUUGCCCUUCCGUGUCUUGCUGUUAAUUUGACUCGCCUUAAUAUGGCUUAUAAUUCACUCAGAUCCAUGGGUCACAUUACAAGCUAUCCAUCGAGUUUGAAGCAACUGGAUCUUGGUCACAAUGAAAUCAGUUGCUGGCCUAGCUUACCAAGAAUCGCAGCAGCUGAUCCACAUCUGGCAUGCUACAAUCCACAAAUUGAUCCGGGUCAUCAAAAGGUCACUGGAUCGACUUCAAAAUCAUCAUCAACUUCCUCAUAUACUUCAGAUCAAGUACAAGUCAAAGCUUCUGCCAGUUCAAAUAACAUUACAUCACUCAGAACGGCUGUAUUAAAAUCAGUUUGUUGUCAUCGUCGUCAUUUACGAUUAGAUUCGCUUCGAACUUUGAUUUUAGCCGAUAAUCUUCUUACAAGAAUACAAUUAUCUACUGAUGAUGUAUCAACCUUGGGUGAAUCUGAUGAAUAUGAAUGGAGUGUUGUUGGUGUCGCAAAGUCACGUUUAAUUUUCCCAAAUCUCUCAAUGUUGGAUAUAAGCAAUAACUGUUUAAAAGAAAUCCCAUUAUCUAUUCAUGAACUAAGUAAUUUGAGUGUUUUAAAUAUUUCUGGAAAUACGGAUAUAACAGAUUUACCUGCCCAUAUGGGCUUAUUGUCGCGUCUAUGGAAUCUCAAUACUCGUGGAUGUUCCCUUCAAGAACCCUUAAAAUCAAUGAUUGAAAGCAAAAAGUAUAAGACAAUGGACAUUAUUGGAUACCUUAAAUCAGUUCUUGAAGACGCACGGAAAUAUGCAAGAAUGAAAUUAAUGGUUGUUGGUAUUCAACGAAUUGGAAAAACAAGUUUAUUGGAAAUGCUUCGCAACGAAAGCGGCGGAUCACGCAAUCAAAAGAAGCAAGUAGAUCAUUGGACUAAGAGAAUGGGUCAUAAAAAUAUUAAUACAAAAACUACACGCGGAACAAAUAUUUCUACAGUUGGGGUUGAUAUUGGUGACUGGGUCUGUGAGAAACGACGAAAUAGUCAUGGACCUGUCGUUUUUAGAACGUGGGAUUUUGGUGGGCAAAAGGAAUAUUAUGCUACACAUCAAUAUUUCUUGUCAAAACGUAGCCUGUAUCUAGUUCUAUGGAGAAUAAUUGACGGCAAAAAAGGUUUAGCGGAAGUGCUUCAGUGGCUUGGAAAUAUUCAAGCACGUGCACCAAACUCACCAUGUGUAAUUGUUGGCACUCAUUACGACGAGGUUGGUGAAAAAUUUCCAGCAAAGAAAGCAGAAGAGUUACAACAAAUUAUUCGUGACAGAUUUAUAGCCGUUGCAGAUGCAGAAAAAAUGGGAUUGCCAAGAGUUCUUGACUCGAUUGAAGUCUCCUGCAAAACCGGACAUAACAUCAAGCUGCUAGCAAAUUUAAUUUAUGAUACAGCAUUCUCGUUACGCCUGCCUGGCUCAAAAGAAUACUUACUUCAGCAAAAAGUCCCUGCCAGCUAUCUCGCACUUGAGGAUGUUGUUGGUUCAAUUGCAAAUCAAUUGAAAUUGAAUGGUGCUGAUCCAGUUUUAAAUGCUGAGAAUUAUCGUGAUAUGGUGACCCAAGAAAUGCAAAGUAGAGGCUAUAAAGGUUUUCGUGAUAACUCUGAACUGAAUCAAGCUACAAUGUUCUUGCAUGAUAACGGAGUUCUUUUGCAUUAUGAUGAUGCUACACUACGCGAUCUGUAUUUCCUCGAUCCUCAAUGGCUGUGCGAUAUGUUAGCACAUGUUGUUACGAUCCGGGAAAUUAAUCCAUUCGCACGAAACGGGAUCAUGAAAAUUGAUGACCUUGCUAUGCUUUUUAAGAGUUCCUGCCUUGGAACAAAUGAUAAUAGAAAUUAUAUUGUGAGCUUGUUGAACAAAUUUGAAGUUGCAUUGACAUGGGAUGCUAGAACUUUAUUGAUUCCAUCAUUAUUACCGACAGAAGAAGAAAGUUUAGAUGGAAAGGAAAUAGCAAUUAAGAUUGUCGCUCGUUCUCGUGGGUGGGCAGUGAGAACAAAAAAUUCUUUUCCUUUAUCAUCUUCAUAUGACAGUAACGAAUCAGUCAUAAAAGCAGAACAACCAAAUUAUGACAUUUGUGCUAUCCCCAAAUCAGGAAAAUCAAUCUCAAGAUUAUUGUUGAUGUCUUACUUCCCAUCAGGAUUUUGGAGUCGAUUAAUUACAAGGAUAUUAGCUGAUGACCAAGUUGUAGAAGCUCUACGCUGUAUUUAUCCACUUACACGUGAGGCAUCAACGAACCCAGAUCUCAACUUUGCAUUAAAUCAAAACGUCUCUUUUUUCUGGUCGAUUUGGCAGACUGGCUUGAGUCUAAACUAUGGCAAUGUUAUAAUAUUUAAAUUAAGAGAAAUUCCAUUUUCCUGUCAAACUUCUCCGUAUAGAAAUGCAAACAAUAGAUUCAAAUUGAAGCAAGAAGGAAUUUGGAGUGAUAUUGAUUUGAUCUCACAAAGCAUUCUCGAACUCGUUUUUCCUAUGAAUAAAAUUGGAGUACGUCCAAAUAAUGCCGAACUAGGAAUUGAAAUGGAAAUUGAUAUUAAUAUUCAAAGUACAACGCAGCUUCUUGCCUUGAUUGUUGAUCAUAUUGAUUUAUUAUUAGAAGAUUGGUAUCCAACGUUAGGCACCAGAUUCGUUCACACGUCUGAAGGACGAUUUUUAAUAACACGUCUCAUUCCAUGUCAAAAAUGUCUUUUAAGAUGUGAAGAAAGAAGUAACCAACCGCCACAGCCGACAGUAAAUGUUAAAUUACCAAAAUCACUUUUCAAGCGUCUAUCACUUGAUCGAAAUCGUGACGGUGAACUCAGUGGAUUGAAUGAAAUUUCAGGAAUUCUUAACGAAAUGGCAGCUGCAAAUAAUUCAAGAAAAUCACAAGACUCGUUGGGCUACUCUGACUGUGAUUCAGGUGUUGAUCCAAAUUCAGCACAAUCAUCAAGAACGACAUCGGUUGAAGGACAUCCACUGAUUAAUAAUGAAUCUCUUCCACCACCAAGUUAUUCAUGGAUGGUUGAGGAAUGUAUAUUAGCAGCAUAUGAUCGAAAAUCAAUUCAAUGUCCCGUCCAUGGAGAAAUUGAGCUUAGUUCAAUCACACCCGAUGUUAAUUUCCUUGAUCUGUCGGAAAAUAAUCUUAUUAGACCAGAAGAUAUAUCAAGAGGUCAAUUACUCGGCAGAGGAGCUUUCGGAUUUGUUUUUAAAGCAACAUGCAAAAUGAAGAAUUCACGUCAAUUAAUUCCUGUUGCGAUGAAAAUGCUACAACCUGUUGCUCCUGGCCCUCGAGCUAAUCAAAGUGCAAUAAUUGCUUAUAAAGCAGCUUUAGGAAAAUGGGAAAGAGAUCCAUUGCAGCAUGCAUGCAAAGCUUAUUGUACGGCACGUCAAGAAUUAAGUGUUUUAUUGACUCUUAAACAUCCAAACAUCGUUCCAUUGAUGGGAGUCUGCACUCAACCACUUGCUUUGGUAUUAGACUUAGCACCAAAAGGCGCACUUGAUGCCACUUUAAGACAUUAUAGAAGAAGUGGAGCGAGAAUCGGUCCAUAUUGUUUUCAACUUCUUGUUCUUCAGACAGCACGCGCACUUGAGUAUUUGCAUCGACGUCGUGUGAUUUAUCGUGAUUUAAAGUCCGAGAAUAUUUUGGUAUUUGAGUUUCCUGAACCUCACACGGCAGAUAACCCUGGAAAUCAAGUACAUAUUAAGAUGGCUGACUAUGGAAUUAGUCGAAUAGUUCUGCCGUCUGGAAGUAAAGGAUUUGGCGGAACAGAAGGAUUCAUGGCACCAGAGAUAAUGAAGCAUAAUGGAGAAGAGGAAUACACAGAAAAAGUCGAUUGUUUUAGCUUCGGUAUGUUCAUUUAUGAAUUAAUCUCAUUAAGACAGCCAUUUGAAGGACAUGAAGCUGUUAAAGAAUGUAUCUUGGAUGGAAACAGACCAGUAUUGACACAACGAGAAACACAAUUUCCAAGUUAUUGCCUUGAUUUGAUGGUCCUAUCAUGGGAUCAAAAUCCAAAAAUUCGUCCAACUGCAAGUCAAAUUGUUUCAAUCGGCAGUGCACCUGAGUUUACUCAUCUUUUAGAUGUUAUGUCUCUAUCACAUCCAGGUGCUGUAAAUCAAGCAAUAAGUUAUCCAAUCUCUGGUAUUGAACAGUCAGAUGAUAAGUCUUAUGGAUUUGAGUUAUGGUUACCGUGCUCAAACUCACGAAUUGAUUUGUUAAUGGCAUCGACGAAAGGUUGGCAACAGUAUCAUAAAAUAUCAUGUCCCCAAUUAUUCACAUCAAUUCAGCAACAGCAAAUGAUCUUGAACAAAAACACAAAAGGAAUGAAACUAACGUGCUGCUGCAUUGUCGAUGCUAACAUUUGGAUUGGUGAUUGUGAUGGAAAUAUUCAUGCAUUCAAUGCUGCUGACUGUUCUCAUUUGUUCUCAUACUCACUAGAAAUCACGGAAGACUGCUCAGUUGUAACAAUCAUUUACCUUGAUAAAAUAAAACGAGUAGCUGCGGGCUUGCAGAAUGGAAGACUAUUCUUGCUUGAUUCUACUUUAAUUCCCAAAACUUUUGCAGCCGCUGAAGGUAGCUUUGUGUUAACAGAACUUGGAACGGGGGAAGAGCUUCAUAGUGCAUGCUCAAUAUUUUGUACAGAUGAAAAAUACGAAAUGUGGUGUGGCGAGAACUAUGGAACAAUAAACGUUUUCUCGAUCAGUGAAUCUGGAGCAUCUGACCAUAAUCCUUUGUAUCAUUUUAAAAACUCAACACCAACGAAAGAUUUUUAUGUAGCAAAACUUUAUGCAACGACACAAUAUGUAUACUCAUAUGUUGCACCAUCUUGUGUGCUGUAUCAGUGGAACGUCGAGUUAAAAAUCAUUGAGAAUAAAUUGGACUGCUCUAAACUCAUUCCAUGCUCGGAGAGUCUCAAGAGUAUUCAAAUUGAUGAACAUUUGAGUCCCGGAAAGUGUCAAAUUUCAUCGCUUGCAGUACUUAAUAACGAGCUCUAUAUAGGAACGACAUGGGGAUGCUUGAUUAUCGUUGAAAAAAUGAUGCUUCGGCCUAUUACAGUUUUCAGACCAUUUGAGGAAGAUCUGCUGUCGAUAAUUCCAUUGCCAUCGUUAACAGAUUCUGAGCCGUCUCUUAUUGUCACCAUUGGGCGAAGCUAUCGUUCACUCAUCGACCGCUAUACAGAUGUUAAAUUAGUAUUGAAUGCAACAACACCAACCUCGACUGCCACAGAGAAGCAUGCAAAGGACUUCCUGCAACGAAGUCGACUUAACAAUAUGCAUGCUCUGUUGUGGAGGGCUGACCAUUGGGCGCAAUUUUAAAGUUAUUUUAGACAGAUUUGGAAAAUUCUCUCUCUUUUUUUUGUGUAAUAAUGUAAUGUAAUUUUUAUUGUCCUUCAUUUAAUCUCUCUGAACUUUAUGCAUCACAAUUUAAAGUAGAUUAUUGAAGGGUAUUGAGGCAAAAAUGAGUAAAUUUGAAUUAAAGUCACAAUAAGAGCUCUAAAAGUUAAAGAAUUCUAGAUUUGAUUGUUUAGAUUUAGCAUGUCAGGUGAACUCCAAAGUUCUUUACAUAGCUCGGGUUUUAAAGAACUUAAAUUAAGCAAAAAAAUUCAUUUUAUAUUUUCCAAAAUUAUAAGAACCAUGCUUACGAAACAGAAUUGCGUAAAAAGUUUGAUAUUUGUCACGUUAAAAAACUGUAGGAAGCGGUAGGAAGCUACAAAAAUAAACAAAACAAAACAAAUCGACAAUUCUAAUAUAAGUAAACGGGAUAGCGUUGUUUGUAAUGUAACUUUAUGUUUAUAAAGCCUUAAAAAUGGAAAUUCUUUUAUGAAAAUCUAUUGAAUUGGUUGAAUUGUUGCUGGUUUUUGAUCCUUAAGGUAUGCAAAAGGACAUUUAAAAAACAAGUUUAUUAAUUUAAAUUUUGAAAAUCAUAAAAAAAAUUUUGAAGACAAAAUAUUUGGACGUUAUGGAAUAAAGUGUGUUUUAAAAUCCAAAA